AGAAGAAUAUGGAGACGAAAGAAAGUGAUCCUCUCGUUAAGGUGGAACGCCUUUGAACGCCGCCGCCACUCCAUACUCCUUUCAGUGAGUUAGACAACUGAAACAAAAAUGGAAGAUAUUAAGAAGAGGAAGCUUGACCUCGACGAGGCCGCCAGCGACGGCAAAAUCCUAACGGAGGAACAGUUGAGGUCUCUGCUUGACCCUCUUGCUAAGCCCCAGCUAGUCGAUCUUCUUGCAAAAAUAGGUUCCCAAUAUCCUUCAAUUGCAGACAAAAUUAAAAGUGUGGCAAGUGCAGAUCCUGUACAUCGAAAGCUUUUUGUUCGUGGCUUGGCCUGGAAUACCACUUCAGAAACUUUGUGUGAAGCAUUUAAAAUGCAUGGAGAAAUUGAGGAGGGGGCCGUCAUUUAUGACAAAGCAACUGGGAAAUCGCGUGGCUAUGGCUUCAUUACUUACAAACAUAUUGAGUCAACUCAGAUUGCACUAAAAGCGCCUAGCAAGUUGAUCGAUGGUCGACUUGCUGUUUGUAAUCUCGCCUGUGAGGGGUUAACUGGGACAAGUACAACCCCUGAUCUUCCCCAGAGAAAGCUUUACAUUGGGAGCUUGUCACCAGAAGUCACAAGUGAGAUGCUUCUCCAGUUCUUUGCAAGACAUGGGGAAAUUGAAGAAGGUUCAGUUGCGUAUGACAAAGAUACAAAUGGAUCACGUGGUUUUGGCUUUGUUACAUACAAAACAGUAGAGGCAGCAAAGAAGGCAAUAAAUGAUCCAGAUAAGACCCUUGGCGGGCGGACUGUCAUUGUCAAGCUUGCGGAUUCCCAGAAGAGCAGAACAGUGCAAACACAAUUACCACCAGGAACAGUUCCAAUGGCCAUGCCCACUGCAUCUGGAUAUCUGCAGCCUGGAAAAGCACAUCAUGGUGGUCCACCAUUUGGAUAUGGUUACCCGCAAGGAUCGUAUCCUGAUUCUUCUUACUCUAGUCCUCCCACAGGGCCUACGCCAUACCCAUCUCAACCUCAAAUGCCAUAUGCAUCGGGCAAUUUAAGGAAAGACUCCCUUGGACAUCCACCAACUGCUCCUAUGGCAAUGGGUGGUUACCCUUACUACUACCCCAAACAAUGAAACUGCUGUUAUUCCUUUUCUUUCCUGCAUUUUGGGAAGCCAUUUUGUCAGAGUAGGUUUGAGGAGUUGGUAUGCAAGUUUGUAGUGACUAUUAUUCGUUCAGGUAGUAUUAACAUGAAAUAGAAUCUGUCCAUUUGUAUUGGUGAUAGUUUGUACUGAUGUGUCAGCAGUAAGAAACAUUUCUUUCAAUAUGGAUAUUUAACUAUUCUGCUCUUGGUACUUUAGAAUAGUAACUUACCAUAAGUGCAUUUCUGAUAUUUUUUUAUUUUUUGGAGACUGAUAAUUUAAGCUAUAUUAGGGAUCUGUACUGUAUGUAGCUCUAUUACAUGGCCUAAAUCUGAAUCUGUGACCAUUUCCAAUUUCAUUUCAGAUUCUUUUGGUUGGUGCAGAAAUUAAUAUCAGUCCACAAUUCAUUUCA